ACCCAAAAAAAAGCAUUAAUAAACCGUGUUUAAUCCUCAAAAAAAGUACAAGAAAUACGUCAGUUACAUUAAAAACAUCUGGGUCAUGUUGGGUCAAGUGUCGAUUAUAAACUUCAGGUUGGGAAGGAAAGAAAAGCCGCCUAGUGGGGACAACAAGCAACACAUGUCCCAUGUUUCUUGCUUGGUGUCAAAAAAUAUGGGAAAUGUGUGUGAAUACAAAUGAUGAACAUACAAGAAAAUAAACUAAAAAAUUAUAAUAGAUUGUUCACAAAAUCCGUCUUGAUCCCAAACUUUAAGCUGAAUCUUGCUUCAGGUCAUAGCUGCUCUUCUUCUUGCUGUCUUUAGAUCUACUUUUUUCGGGGAUUUACUCACAACUACAGAAAAUUCCUACGCGCUGUGAAGGCAGCAGCAGCAACAAUCCAAAUUACCACCGACUCAUCCAGGCGUGGGGACUGAUAACACUUCCAUCCCUCUCUCUUCAGUGGGUGGGUGUAAUUUUUCUUCUCCACAUCACACCGUGGAGGACUCAGAGACACUUGAAAUAAUGUACCACUUAUCUUUUUGAGCUUUAAAGGGAGAGAGAAAAAAAAACGAAAAACAGUGCAAGAUGCUGCUGCUGUUGACUGUGCUGGUGAUGUGCCUCAGCCCGAGCAUAUUGGGGCAACUGGAGGAACCCCAAUUUGGAGAUGAUAUUGAUUCCGACUUAGCAGACUUUGAUUUAGAUAUUGCGCCGCGCAGGGUCCCUCGGCAGGUGAAAACUAUAUUAACAAAGCAGAACAAACCUCACAUCCAAGAACUCUCCAUCAAGACCACCAUCAUCUCCCGCUAUGCCUUCACCGCGGUGUACUGCGCCAUGCUCAACCGGCACUCCGCCGCUGCUGAGGGCGUCUUCCAGUUUCAAAUCCCCGCUGGCGCUUAUGUCUCCAACUUCACCAUGAUCAUCGGAGGGCGUGUCUACCAGAGCGAGGUCAGGCCGAAGCAAAAGAGGGUCAAACAGGAGAACGGCAAACCCAAGAACAAAGAGUCAGGUGACGCAAGUCCUGAGCCGGAGGUGGAGGUUUUCAAGAUGUCGGCCAGCAUCCCGGGUCGGAACAGGGCCAUCUUCUUGCUUACCUACGAGGAGCUCCUGCAGCGCCGCCUGGGACACUAUGAACAUGUGACCAGCCUGCGGCCCUUGCAGUUGGUCAGCCGCCUCAGCCUGGACGUCACCAUCGUCGACCACUCGACAAUCACAGACUUGCAGGUGCUGCCGCUCCGCAACGGCAGGAGCAACAGCAGGAGCAACGGCGCUGCAUCUGCACCUAAAACACCAGCCAAGCCCGAGCUUCCUGUCACCACUGAGAUCGCAAACGAGAACAAUGUCUGCAAGAUUACCUUCAGCCCCAACAUCAUCCAGCAGGCCAAGAUCACCACCAACGGCAACCUGGGAGACUUUGUGAUCCGCUACGAUGUCCAGAGAGACAUGGGGAUCGGAGACAUACAGGUUUUAAACGGCCAUUUUGUCCACUAUUUUGCUCCCAAAGACCUCCCCGUUGUACCCAAGAACGUGGUGUUUGUGAUCGAUACCAGCGCCUCCAUGUUGGGGACCAAGAUGAGACAGACUAAAGACGCUUUGUUCACCAUCCUGAGGGAUCUGCGUCCCGGUGAUCACUUUAACUUCAUCAGCUUCUCCAACAAGAUCAAAGUUUGGCAGCCGAAUCGUCUCGUACCGGUCACACCCCUUAACAUCAGAGAUGCCAAGAAGUUUAUUUACACGCUGAUGCCCACUGGAGGCACAAACAUUGAUGAUGCCAUUAAUACUGGCUCCACUCUGCUUCGUGAGUACCUCUCGGGCCCUGACGUCAGCCCCAACAGCGUCUCCCUCAUUAUUUUCCUGACGGAUGGACGGCCCACAGUUGGGGAGAUCCAGUCCACAACGAUCCUGGGGAACACCCGCUCAGCUGUGCAGGAGAAGUUCUGCAUCUUCACCAUCGGGAUAGGGAAUGACGUGGAUUACCGGCUGCUGGAGCGCAUGGCUCUGGAAAACUGUGGGAUGAUGAGACGCAUCAACGAGGAAGCUGACGCCAGUGCUAUGCUCAAAGGGUUCUACGAUGAGAUAGGAACUCCUCUGCUGUCUGACAUAAGGAUCAACUACACUGACGACUCGGUCCAGUAUGUUACUCAGCAUCUCUUCACCAACUACUUCAAUGGCUCUGAGAUCAUCAUCGCCGGCAAACUGACCAACCAAAGUGCAGAAUCACUCCAUGUCCAGGUAACCGCCAGCAACAACGACAAGAGCAUCAUCCUGGAGACCGACGUGCCACUGCGGCAUCGACAGAUAGAGACCGAGAAGCAUGUGAAGGCUGCUACAGCAGCAUUGGCAUCUGGAUCUAAGACUCCAGGGUCAGGGGUCGCACAGGAAUUAGGAGUCGCUUUGGGUUCGAUUGCGGAAGACUUUGUGGAACGCGUCUGGGGUUACCUGAGCGUCAAGGAGGGUCUUCGGUCGCGGCUGCGCAGCCAAACCAGCAAGGAGAGGGAAGACCAUAUCAAGCAGGCCACCAAUUUGUCUAUGAACUACCACUUCCUCACUCCCCUCACCAACCUAGUGGUGGAGAAGCCCGAGGUCUUGGCUGACGGCACCAUGGCCCCGACGCCCACCAACGCCCCGGCUGCUGGUAAGCCUCCCUCAUCUUUCUCACCUGCCAACGAGCUGCCAGGUGACACAGAGGACGGAAAGCCACAGAAACCCGACGGGAAGAAGCCAGGAAGCCUGAGUUCAACUCCGAGCAACACGCUGGGUAAAGUUGAGAGGAGACCGGCCAAGAAAUCCAUGACAAUCUCCAAAACAUCAGCGGACGGUGACCCUCACUUUGUGGUUGAGUUCCCCCUCAGUAAACUGACCGUGUGCUUCAACAUCAAUGGCGAGCCCGGGCACGUCCUUCGCCUGGUGUCUGACCACAAGUACUCCGGUGUGACCGUUAACGGUAAACUAAUCGGGGCCCCGGCUCCACCAGGCAGCCACAAGACGCAACGUACCUACUUCAGCACCAUCACCAUCGUGGUGGAUCAUCCCAAACGCGCCUACAUCGAGGUGACCCCUAAGAAAGUCAUCCUGGACGGGCGGGACCGCAUGGUUCUGCCCUGCCACUCCACAGUUUCCGUGGACAGUGGCGUGCUUUCGGUGGCCAUUGUGGGAAAAUCCAACGUGACCGUGACGGUCGGAGGAAACAUCAGCUUUGUGAUCCUGUUGCACCAGUACAAGAACCCAGCCCCCUACCAGAGAGACCAUCUGGGGUUCUACAUUGGUAACAGCAAGGGGCUGUCCCACAACUGCCAUGGUCUGUUAGGUCAGUUCCUGUAUGAAGAAGUGGGACUGGCGGAGCUUCCAGCAGAAGGAGACAUGAAACCUUCGAAGGUCCUGAAGGUGAAGGAGCGUUCGGUGCCGGUGGUUCAGAAGAGCAGACGGAUCUACAGCGGGACGCAGAGCGUAAACUGCUGGUUCGCCAGGAACAACGCAGCAAAGCUGAUAGACGGACUGUAUGAGGACUAUUUGAUGUCACACAUGUUCGACACAGCGGACCAGCCACACGGGACUAACAGAGUGUGAGACGACAGCCACGAACCGUAGCUGUGGCGUUUAAUUAUUUGAUUUAAAUCUUAACUCAUUUUACACUGUAUCCGUAAAUAUCACGAGCCAAUAGAGAAGGGCUGCGAACUCCAAAUUUUCACGUUUCAGUUUCUUUCCUACCUACAGUUUUCUCCUUUGAAUAUAUUUUUUUACUAUUUCUAAUGGAAAUUUAAUGUGU